CUUCCAAAUGAUAAAAUACACGCUGAUGACACCAGGUUGGGAGGCGAAAUGAAGCAGACAAGUCAGAACCAGCUCGCACCAGAAUCAAACUCGUCUGGACUCUCAACAUCUGCUGGCCAAGUCUCCUCUGAAUCUGCAGGCAGGAGAAGUUGUGAGCAAAGCGAGGAGGUGUCGUCACAGGUUAGAAUGAGCCCAAACCCUCAGCUGACCUCUGCGACGGCCUGCAGCUCCACAACAGACAAUGAGGGACAACCUGUCCAGGUCCACAGGAAACCUGGGAGACCUCGGAAAGUAAAACAGAUUCUGGAUGACGACCAAAAAGCUCCGAACGCUGCUGGUUUUGACAUCGUUCAACACAGGGAGGUCAGCACCACCAUACCCUUACCCUUACCAGAGAUUUCCCCCACCCACAGCACAGAGGAUGUGCCUAACGCUGUAGAUGGACACUCAACCAGUGCGUCAUCUCAGAAUGAGACCCCGAGCGACGAAGCAGGAGUCGCUGUACCUUUAGCAGCGAAAAGAAAAAGGGGACGACCGAAAAAAUCAGAGGCCGCCGCUUUGAAGGCCGCAGCAGCUCCGGCUGUGCGGCCUCGGGCUGUUGGCAACCCGGUGUGGAGCCUGAGGAGCAGAGGAGACACCCAAACGUCAACACAGAGUGAAAUCUCUCAGAGCAAAGACGACGCCGCUCCCACAGAAAGCAGCAACACACCCGACAACCACGCUGUCAGAAGAAGUAGGAGAAGGGAAAACAAGCUUCUGAAUAAUCAGCAGGUCCCAGAGAAAGUGCCCAAGCUGGAUGAUUCCCUGGAGGCUUCGGCAGCGUUGAGCAACGAGCUGGAGGGGGAAACCGAGGCAGGAAAACCCGUUGACCCAAGUGGCGGAACACUUCAGACUGAAGCAGAGAGAAAUCGUGAUCAAUUUUCUCCACAUUCUGAAGAAGUACAAGAGCAGCAGCUAACAGAAAACCCAUCACAACAAAGUAAAGUGCUUUCUGAACCAGAACCUGAAGUGACUCCUUCAGAGGAUUUGAACAGUUUAAAGCUGGUUGAACCCACUCAGACUGAGGAAACACAGUCGGCGUCAAACUCCCCCGAGUCUUUGAAUCCUCCAGCCAACGAAGACCCGCCRAGGACGGAGCCUUCUAGCACAAACGCUGUAACACCCUCUAAAGAGACACCAGAAUCUGUUGAAAGCCUUGUUACUGUAAAAACUGAGAGAGUUGAGAUAAAUCUGGAUCAUUUCAAUUCAUCGUCACAGUCCGAUAAUAAUGAAUCUAGACUCAACACCGCUGUUAAACCAGAAGAUUCAGUUGCUGGGUGUUUCAUUUUCAGGCGCAAGAAAGGCGGCAAGAGAAAGAGAUUAGUUAGUGUCGCGUUACCAAAGCAGCGCCUUGUAGAGAAACAAGAUCCUGACACAGAACUGAAAAYGGACUGUGGCGAUGUGCAGAAAGAGGACGACGUUGACGUCGGCCCUAACAUCAUCUACGUGAAGAAAGGCCCUAAGACGUUAAUGAAAUGCGGCUAUUGCAGUCGAACGUAUAGGUUUCUGUCUCAGCUCAUCAUCCAUCAACGCGUGCACACAGGGGAGAGGCCUUUCACGUGCCAGGAAUGCGGAAGAGGUUUUAGCAAAAAUUCGAACUUAAACCUCCAUCUCAAGAUGCACACAAAGAACAGCAUGUGUGAAAAAUGUCCGGUUUGCAGCGCCAGAAUCUKCAGGUCCGAGUACGAACGUCACACWCAAAUGCACAGUCUGGAGGAGGAGGUUAAAAACACAACACCUGAGGAACCAAGCAAAGUGGCGGACCUCGAGGAUGGCCAAGAGGUUCACAAUACACCUUCAACAGAAAAGGCUGAAAAUAUGGAAAAGAUGGUGGAAAAGAUGGUGRAAAAGACAGUGGAAAAGRYGGUGGAAAAGACAGUGGAAAAGGUGGAAAAAGUCAAAAGCAAAGUUUGCCAGUACUGCGGUAAAUCCUUCCUGUUCCAGUCGGCCCUCACAAGGCACGUCCGCGUCCACACCGGCGAGAAGCCGUACAACUGCGACAUAUGUGGCAAGGCUUUCGGCCAGUCCUAUUUCUUGCGCGUUCACGAGCUGACGCACUGGUCCGUGAAGCGCUACACCUGCACGCGCUGCGAGAAGUCCUUCGGCCAUUACAGCAACGCGCGAAAGCACCGAUGCAAACCGGCGGAAGGCGGCGAGGAGUCGCAUCCCAGCCGGCCCUCGCUGACGUACACGUGCCACAUCUGCAAGAAGGUUCACGACCGCCUGCAGGAGUUCAACAGUCACAUGAAAGCCCACACGGGGGCGAGGCUGCUUCGCUGCUUGCGUUGCGACAAGCUUUUCGUCGGGAUCGCCGAGUUCGACGAGCAUCGCAGUUGGUGCCCCGCCGACAAAAAUACCUCAAGUGCUUUUAUAAACAGUGAGGAUACAAUGUUGGUGAUUCGGUACAAAGUGCCUUCGGGGAGUAGUUCAUCGGGGGCGAAUUCAGCUCCUGUCGCAGCUUCGAAUCACGAACUGAAGAAGAAGCCGACRCAGGUCACGUGCAGGAAGCGCCCCGUUAAUGUCAAGAAUCCGCUCCAAUUGACGGUCGUCCCGCCGCCCGACGUCUCCCCUCUCGUGUCCAGGCUGAACCAACUGGAUGGCCGAUCCGACCCCAGGAAGUAUCCGUGUCCGAGCUGCGGGCGACAGUUCAGGCACAUGGGCCGGCUGCGAGCCCACAUGCUCACGCACGCCCCAGACCGGAGCUAUGUCUGCGCGCUCUGCGGGAAGACGCUGGGGAGCUGGGGCAAGCUGUGGCGCCACCAGAGAGUCCACCGGCGGCGGGGCGGGCGCUUCACGUGCCCUCGGUGYGGCCGGGGCUUUCGCUUCGUCGGGCCUUACAGGAAGCACGUAAAGGAGCACCCGGAGUUCCAGUGGGUCGAGGGUCGGCCCCGAAAAGUGAUCGAGCCUUAUCAAUGCGAGCAGUGCARCUGCAGCUUUAAGACUCUGGACCUGCUGUUCACCCAUCAGCUCUCUCAUUCCACAACGCAGGUGCAGCGCAGGGACUUCGACUUACCUGUGGACCGUCGCAGCUCGCAGUCUAGCAGUAAAACGUCCAGCCCUCCAAGCAGCAACAGUCCCUGGAGCGCCUCACAUAAAACCCCAGUCCCCGUUUGUCAGAUGGUGACUCUUGUGCCCGUCGUUUCUUUUAUUUCUACUGGUCAACCCCGUGGUGUUGGCAGUUCUGCUCAGCAGCAUCCCAGUAAGMUACUUUCAGCUCAAGAAAGAGAAACUGAACGAGUCAAAGAAAUCACACCUGGAGCGCCCAAUAAACCAGUAAGAACCCUCGCAACUAAAAUCACCAGCAAAUCAAAGGAAGGGGCUUCAGUUGAUUUGAACUGUGCUGUGUGUGGGAACACCUUUCCUGCUAUUUCAGACCUGUUUCAUCAUUAUUUGCAGCACGCGAGAGGCCAGGUGUAAAAACCGACACAGUUUAAUGUGUUGCAUCACGUCCCAUUUAAAAGACUGGCUGACAAUCAGUCAUUUACCCAGUUGUGUUUGUUUACUUUUUAUUCUUUGUUAAGUUUUGUAAAGACAUAAAGAUCAGCAGAAGCCACUAAACCUACUUUGGUUUUCUAAAGACAUUCAUAACACUUUAAAUAAAUUAAAGGAAAAUGUG